AUGCAGCAGCUCUCUUGGCCCAGUCGAACUUCUGACAUGCCUAUAGGUGUUGGUGUUGGACUAUGCCUUCUCUUAACCUUUAUACCUUUUUCCCCUUACCCCUCCAACCCCGCCCCAUCGCCAUCUCUUGCUCUCUCCGUUCUACCUUCUUGCUCUCUUUUCGCCAGCACACUUGCCCCUUUCUCUUCCCGCCUCUGGAACCUCUUGUUGGCAGCUUCCCCCAGUGCAACCUGCACACCUGGUUUCGGCCAAGACGUUGGCAGACAGUCAGCCAAGUCUGACUAA